AUCGCAAAUUUGUCAGUUUUGGAGGUAUUCUGCGGAAAGAUGGGUACAAGCUCAACUAGAAUCGAAAGACACAAUGAAGGCUUCCAGGUCGACCCUAGAAGAAGCCCAAACUACUUCCAUUCCAUACAGAAAGGUGAGCAUGGUGUAAAUAAUGGAACAUCUAAGCAACGAAUCGAUUCCUCCAUGUCGACCCUAAAAGUCUGCAGCAAAGAAGCGUUCAGUUUACAGGAGAAACUUCAGAAUGAAUUCUUCACGAGAUGGAAAGAAGAUUGCAACGUACAAGAAUUUCAUGGUUUCGCCAUUUCUCAAAUGGACAAUCUUCUGCACAAAAUUAGCGACAAAUUCGUCAUUAAUGGAAAAAACAUCUACAGCAAACUUCAAGGAAUCAGAUUCUGUGAAGAAUUCGAUGUGAAUAUUUAUGAGUUUACUUUUGGGGAGGAACUUAGUUCGGGGGUAGUUCAUUUUGGAAUGGUUGCCAUUUCCAAAGUUAACAGCGCUUUGGACGCCGUUUCCUGUCUGUAUACCUUAAAUUUUGAAGUAGCUAAGGUGCUUGUGACCAAAAAGAGAAAAAAGAGAUUUCUGGGUAUUAACGCAGGAACGGACAGAAAAAGCUGGUAUGAACCAAAAAGCCUUGGCUUCGUCACUCAGAGAGCUCUUGUCAACUUUUGUCGUUACAAAGCCUUGACAGAAUUUAAGAGGAAAAAUUUUGUGUCCAGCAUCAACGAUGUCCCAUCCAUAGAUGGCAUUUAGUCGAACGAGAAAAAAGACGCAUCAGCCAGUGUAAAUUAUGAGAACGAUGACAAGACAUAUACUCAUAUAAUUUUGUGAGAUAUAUACUCAUAUAGUUUUGUUUGACAAUUUCUGUACUGAAGUGGUAAUAGAACAUAUUUAAGAAAUAAAUUUCAUAUUCAUAA